AUGGAUCCCUGCCACGAGAAAUCCGGUUCGACGGCAUCCUCGGCGAACGUCAGAAACAGCAUCGAGCAACAAAACGAGCCGCGUGAAAAUGAUGACAAUGAGAGACCCGAGGAAAGGGCCCAACAACAUCUAACGACAUUCAGGCUUGUUGGUGUUAUGUCAGGAUUAAGCUUUGCUGUCUUCUGUAUGGCGUUGGACAACACAAUCAUGGCCACCGCAAUUCCGAAGAUCACCGAUCAAUUCCAUUCUUCGCAGGACAUUGGCUGGUAUGGGAGUAGUUAUCUCUUGACGAAUUCCUGUCUAACCAUUUCGUUUGGGAAGCUCUAUACCUUGUAUCCUGUCAAAUGGAUCUAUCUCGUUGCCCUAGCGCUUUUUGAGAUAGGGUCAUUGGUUUGCGGCUUCACCCCCAACUCCGUGGGCUUAAUCAUUGGGCGUGCGAUCACCGGUUUGGGGUCCGCGGGAUUGUUUUCGGGAGCAAUCACUGUAAUUUCUCAAAGCAUGCCUCUGCAGCGAAGGCUGCUAUGUAUUUCUCUUAUCAUGGGCCUUUUUGGCGUUGCUGAUGUAGCUGGUCCUCUUAUUGGCGGUGUAUUCACUGAUUAUCUCACUUGGAGAUGGUGCUUCUAUAUCAAUCUUCCCUUUGGUGGACUGACGGCGUUGGCCAUCGUUUUCCUUCUCGAGGCACAACAGCCCGUUAAACAAGCAAGAGGGGUCAAGUGUCUUCUAUCGCACCUCGACCUGGUCGGUCUACUCUUCCUUUUUCCAGCUGUUAUAUGCCUUUUGCUGGUACUGUCGUGGGGGGGUGCAGAUUAUCCUUGGGGUGACCGGCGCAUCAUCGGCCUGAUUGUGGGAUUUGCCGCCUUGAUGUCGAUAUUUAUUGUCGUGCAGUGGUGGAGACAGGACAAGGCCACAAUACCUCCCCGGUUGAUCAAGAAGAGAGAUAUCUGGGGCACCUGCAUAUUCAGCUUUUGUAUCACUGGUGCAAUGAUGGCUUUUACCUACCAUCUUCCUAUAUGGUUCCAGAGUGUCAAGGGUGUCUCCGCGACAAAGUCUGGUCUGAUGAGUCUCCCUACAAUUCUAGGAAUGACGAUUUGUACUAUCCUUUCCGCCGUAUUGGUUGGCAAAAUUGGGUACUAUGCUCCAUUUAUGUAUGCUGCCCCCGUUGUAUCUGUAAUCGGCGCUGGUCUACUUUCCACCUUGAAAGUUGAUAGUGGGCCUGCGCAAUGGAUUGGCUACCAGGUCCCUUUCGGAAUUGGACUGGGUAUAGGGUUAUCGCAACCCAUGGUCGUUGUUCAGACUGUACUCGAGCCAGAUGAUAUCCCCCUUGCCAUCGCAAUCACCGCCUUUAUGGAGUCGCUUGGGGGAUCGGUUGCUAUUUCAGUGGCACAGAGCGUGUUCCGGAGCCAACUUGUGAAGCAUAUGGCGCUGGAAGCUCCCCGGAUCAACGCACAUGAGAAUAGUACAACUGGAAUGACCACACUUCGGGACACUGUACCGCCGGAAAUGCUGAACGGUGUACUGAGAGCCUAUAACUCAGCUAUUACCCAGGCGUUGUAUGUUGGAGUUGCUCUUUCGUCACUAGCAAUCGUUGGGGCUUUGUCAAUUCGGUGGAUUUCAGUGAAGGGGAAGAAGACGGAGGCUUAG